UCAAAUGUCUUCAGUGGUCAAUAUGGUUUCGACAUGGGCAUUACCGGCCUUUGCUACCUUGGUAUGGGAGUCGGCACACUUGGAGGCCUUAUCGCCCAAGGCAAGUUCAGUGACAAGAUUAUGCGUAAACGUGCAGAACAGAGAGGUGGAGAGCCCAAGCCCGAGGAUCGAAUCCCGUUGAUGGCUUACUUGUCUUGGACGAUACCUGUAGGAAUGUUCUGGUAUGGCUGGAGUACCGAUGAAAAGGCACAUUGGAUUGUGCCUAUUAUUGGCUCGGCUUUUGUUGGUAUGGGCUUUAUCUUCGUCGUGAUGCCCUCGAUGAUCUAUCUAGUCGACUGCUUUGGCCCAGAAGCUGCAGCAUCUGCCCUCGCCGCUCACACAGUGCUGCGGUCUGUCACUGCGGCAUUUUUACCUCUCGCCGGACCUCGAAUGUAUGAAUCUCUUGGCUUGGGCUGGGGAAACAGCCUCUUAGCCUUUCUUGCAAUUGCAAUGAUCCCAAUUCCGUGGCAUUUUAUGAAGAAUGGUGAGAGACUGAGGCUUAAGUCUAAGCUAGUUUUAUAG